AUGCCAAAGAAAAAGUCUCGCACCACAAAUCGUCCAGCCUCGGGAAUCCCAACCGACGAUAGAGUUGACCUCACUCAACUGCUUGCUUCUGCAAAUUCGAGCACUUCAGAUGAAGAAGUCGUUCAGCUUUUAGGUGCCAGGCAUAGAGCCGAUUGCCCUUAUACGCGUAUCAGUGCUUCGUGCUUGGUUACUGUUAAUCCUUACAAGCCAUUAGAAUGUAUGAACGACGUUAACGCAAAGGAAUACGCUGAACAAUGGUACAAGGACACGAGUGGCAACAAGACUAAUCUUCAACCUCACAUUUAUGAAUUGGCCGCGAGAAUAUACUUGCACAUGAGGAGAUCCGCCGAAGACCAGAGUGUCAUUUUCAGCGGAAUCACGGGAUCAGGAAAAACAGCGAGUCACAAUCAUCUCAUCCAGCAACUUCUUCUUCUCUCCACACACACAAAGAAAGAAUCAAAAAUAUCCAAUCAAAUAGAAAAUGCACAGAUAAUUCUCGAAGCGUUCGGCAAUGCAAAAACAGUGCAAAACAAUAACGCAUCACGUUAUGGAAAAUAUACAGAGCUGCAAUUCAACGAACGAGGCCGUAUCAUUGGAACAAAGUUUCUAACAUACGGAUUCGAUAAACCACGCGUCACAUCUGUCCCACAAGACGAAAGAACUUAUCAUGUGUUCUACUAUUUACUGGCCGGAGCUACAAGCGAAGAGAAAUCUCAACUGCGUUUACAAGAUCCAUCUUCUUAUCAUUAUCUGUCUCAAUCGAAAUGCUAUAAAAUCGGUGAUGUCAACGACUCUAUCAAGAUGGACGAGCUCCGUGAUGCAUUAAGAACGUUAAAGUUCAAACCUAGAACAAUAAGCCGAAUUUGGCAAUUACUCACCGGUAUAUUAUUAUUAGGCAACGUUGAAUUCGUCGACCCCGGAAAGAAUGCAAAAGACGAAGCCGCGGCUAUAAAAAACCACCAUGUUUUAGAGUCGGCUGCUGGACUCUUGGGAGUGCCGCCUGCCAAGUUGCAGUCAACGCUGACGUAUAGGGCAAAAUUCAUCAGGAAAGAACUGUGUACUGUAUUCCUGAAUGCCGAGGCAGCCGCCGAACAGAGAGACGGACUCGCCAGAGUCCUGUAUUCGAUCUUGUUUACGUGGAUAGUAGAGCAUAUCAAUUCCAAGUUGAUCCAGUCGGACGAACCACCAAACUUUAUCGGACUGUUGGAUCAGCCGGGAUACCAAAACUUUGCAAGCAAUGGGUUCGAACAAUUUACUGCCAACUUUGCCACAGAAGAAAUCGAGAACUUCGUAGUAAAGAACAUUUUUGAUGAUUUAUACGGAGAAAAUGCUGAACUAAAAAAUGAUGGCGUCUCGGUAAGAAGAAUAAUGACUAUGGACAAUAAGGAAUGUGUAAAACUACUUAGGGGAGAUCCUCCCAAGUCGUCAAAGAAACCAGGUGGUCUAAUAGGCAUUUUGGAUCAAGAAUGCGCCAAAGUCCAGAGUGGCAAGGAAACAGUCACUGACAGCCAAUUACUUGCCGCUUUUCAAAAGACAUACUCUUCCCACCCAUCAUACGUAGCUAAACCAUCCACAUCCAAGUUUUCGUCUAAAGCAGGCGCGUUCGGAAUUAGUCACUUUACAGGACAAGUAACAUACUCUGUCGACCAAUUUAUGGAUAAGAAUCUUGACACCUUAUCGCCCGAUUUUGUUAACUUAUUCAGAGAUACAACUAACCCAUUUAUCAACAAACUGUUCUCUGGGCCAGCACUAUCUAUCGAAAAUCACCCUCGAUCGGACAAAACGGUCGUCAUGGCUCAACUACAAACCAAACCAAUGAGAUCUCCGAGCAUGAAGAAGCCAAAGAAAAAGGUAGAAAGCGAAUCGGAAAAGGUAGACGACGGCAGCUCGAAACGACAAUCUGGUGUCAGCACAGUUACUACACAACUAUAUCAAACACUGAACCAACUUCUAGAGACGUUUGCUGAAACUCGUCUGUGGAAUGUUUUCCAAAUCCGCCCCAAUGAUUCACAAGAACCCGAUAACUAUGACGCAAAAAAAGUCAAAGCCCAAGUCAGAAGCUUUUUAAUUCCCGAUAUCACCGCUCGUUUAAAGACAUCGUAUACUGCUCAUUAUACGUUUGAGGACUUUUUGGCACGUUAUGAGUCUAUCUUGGCACCUUUGAACCUGGAACCAUCGCGUAGCGAUGCUCAGAAAGUCGAGACGUUUGCUACAAUAUCCGGAUGGGACCAGUCAUCCAUCGCGUUGGGUAGGUCAAUGGUGUUUUUGUCAGAUUCUGUGUGGAAAGAACUCGAGGAUAGUCUUCGUGCCUCUGAGAAGGAAGAAAGAGCAAAAGCCAAGGCACUCAGGGACGACGAUAGUCAGGCUAGCGGGUUUGAUGGAGACGAGAGAUAUUUACGAAGCGUACCGAAAGGUGGCUCGCGAUCUCGACUGUUACCCAAAUUUGCUGGAGCUGAUUAUCUGGAUGAUCAAGGGAGCCAUGUUGGUAGCGAAGACGAGUAUAAUUCGAGGAGCGGGGGAACGGGAACACAAUAUGGUGGCGAUGAAGAUGAAGGGAGUUUAUGGGGAGUUGGUUAUACCCACGAUAUAGGUAAAGCAGAUGAAAAGGCGGUAGAAACCCACGAAGAAAUCGAAGAGCUCCCCGUCACCCGUAUACGCAUUUGGUGGGUCCGCUUUGUCUGGCUUAUGACUUGGUGGAUUCCAAGCUUUAUGCUCACGUAUAUUGGCAAAAUGAAGCGACCUGACAUUCGGAUGGCUUGGCGCGAGAAAUUUACUCUCUGUAUUCUCAUUUUCCUCCUUUCUGCCGUAAUCAUUUUUUACAUCGUCUUCUUUGGUCAUUUGAUUUGUGCCGGUGACGACAAGGUGUAUUCUCAAAAUGAAGUUGGUUUCCAUACUGGCGAUACUGACUGGUGGGUUAGUUUCCGAGGGAGCGUAUUCGAUUUGAGUAACUUUUGGCAGAGUUCGAUAGGUCAUUCGGAUGUCCUUGGGCAACCUGCAGCAAAGGCGAACAUGGAGCCGUAUGGUGGUCAGGAUGUCUCACCAUAUUUCCCAUUGCCGUUAAGCACAACCUGUGCGGGCUUAGACUUUGGUCAGAAUCCGGAUACUGUCGUACUAACGCAGAACAUCAGCAACAUUGUUCCAAAUGCAUUCUUUCAUCAGUUUGGGAGUAAAAAUAUAUACGCGGGUUCUAAACUUGCUAGCCCAGAUUGGUAUACGAAUAACUUUCUUCCUCGUAUGAAGACGAUGUACAAAGCUCGACUAGUGUGGUCGCGAAAAGAUGUUCUCGAACAGGGACAAGGUGAAAAUCCCAGACUGUGGGCCAUUAUCCAUGAAGGAGUGUAUGAUUUGACUCAGUAUUUUGCUACGCAGAAUUCAGUAGGACAAACUUCACGACCCGCAAAUGGGCCUAAUUAUCAUUAUUUAAGUGACUCUGUCGAAACACUAUUCAAAAGUUUUCCUGGACAAGAUCUAACUAGCAGAUUCAACAAGGCUUUUAACACUCAAGAAGAUUAUCAAAACAAUCUCAACUGUCUACAACAAAUAUUCUAUAUUGGUGGAAUCGACUUUCGUAAAUCAUUCAGAUGCCAAUUCAAUAAUUACAUGCUGCUGACUUUCUCGUGCAUGUUGUUUGCUGUCAUUGGUGUGAAAUUCUUGGCUGCAUUACAAUUAGGAUCAAGACGCAAGCCAGAGGAUCAUGAUAAAUUUGUCAUUUGCCAAGUGCCGUGUUAUACGGAAGGGGAAGAUUCGUUAAGGCGUACGAUGGACUCUUUAGCAGCCCUUACCUAUGAUGAUAAACGCAAACUGAUCUUUCUUAUAUGUGAUGGUAUGAUUGUCGGAUCUGGUAAUGACAGACCUACACCCACCAUAGUUCUUGAUAUCCUUGGAGUCGAUCCAAGAAUGGAUCCUGAACCAUUGUCAUUCAAGUCAGUCGGAGAGGGCUCUGCUCAGCUGAAUUACGGUAAAGUCUAUUCCGGUCUAUACGAAUAUGAAGGUCACGUUGUUCCAUACAUAGUAGUCGUCAAAGUGGGAAAACCGUCAGAACAGUCGAGACCCGGUAAUCGUGGUAAACGUGAUUCACAAAUCAUUUUAAUGCGAUUCCUCAACAAAGUACACUUUGAUUUGGAGAUGUAUCCACUUGAAUUGGAGAUUUACCAUCAGAUGAAGAAUGUCAUUGGAGUCAAUCCCAGUUUCUACGAAUAUAUUUUAAUGGUUGAUGCCGAUACUGAAGUAAUGCCUGAUUCGUUGAAUCGCAUGAUAUCGUGUAUGCUUCACGAUGCUCGCAUCAUUGGUAUAUGCGGUGAGACUACUCUGAUCAACGAGGAAGGCUCAUGGACAACAAUGAUACAAGUAUACGAGUAUUAUAUCUCUCACCAUUUAGCAAAAGCAUUUGAAUCGCUCUUUGGGUCGGUCACUUGUCUGCCCGGAUGUUUCUGCAUGUAUCGUAUCCGAACUCCAACCAAAAAUACUCCAUUGAUUAUAUCCAAUCACGUAAUUGAGGGAUACUCCGAGAAUCACGUGGACACGCUUCACAAGAAGAAUCUGUUGUCUCUGGGUGAAGAUCGAUACCUGACUACUCUCAUGAUGAAACAUUUUCCACAAUACAAAAUGACAUUUACGCCAGAUGCAAUGAGUAGAACGGCCGCACCUGACAAGUGGAGCGUCUUGUUGUCACAGCGGCGUAGAUGGAUCAACUCUACCGUUCACAAUUUAAUGGAGCUGAUGUUCUUGUCUGAAAUGUGUGGUUUCUGUUGUUUCUCAAUGAGAUUUGUGGUAUUUAUUGAUCUUUUUGGUACUUUGAUUCUUCCAUCGACUGUCGUUUAUAUUAUAUACCUCAUAUGGUCAGUCGCAACGGAAAGACAAGCAUUGCCUAUUAUUUCACUGGUUAUGAUUGCUGCAGUUUACGGUCUACAGGCUGUCAUCUUUAUUCUCAAGAGACAAUGGCAGCACAUUGGAUGGAUGUGUAUAUAUUUGCUGGCAUUCCCAUUAUUCUCGUUCUUCAUUCCAGUCUAUGCGUUCUGGCAUUUUGAUGACUUCUCAUGGGGUAACACUCGCGUCGUAGUAGGUGAGGGAGGCAAGAAACAAAUCAUUACUACCGAUGAUGAGAAAUUCGACGAAAAAUCUAUUCCCAAGAAGAAAUGGGCGGAUUACGAACAAGAAAUAUGGGAAGUUGGCACGACAGGGUCACACGAGUCAGGAGUGUCGCGUGGUAGUGCUGCAUCUUACCGCAGCAGAGGAUCGCACAGGAAUUACGAGCCUAGUUAUGCUGGAAGUGCAUAUGGUGGAAGUCAAUACGGCGGAGGGAGUGACUAUUUCAGAGAUACGAAUUUAGCCGCACCUGAGAGAACAAGAGGAAGGUCGAGAUCUCCCGUGCCCAAAUAUGAACAGUCAGAAGUACGAAACUCGAGGGCGUUUAGUGCUGUUGGAGAUUAUUACUCUGAACCAAGAAGCUCUAUGAUUGUUCCGCGCAACCAGGAUAUGGAAUUCUAUGGUGCUCAGGUUAAUCGAUUAAGUGCUUAUUCAGCCGCGCUUUCUGACGGGCCAAGCGACGAGGAAGUCUUGGCUGAAAUCAGAAAUAUCCUAGCAACUGCAAAUCUUAUGAGCAUUACCAAGAAACAAGUGCGCGAACAACUGACCGCCACGUUUAAUACUGACAUGUCUUCUCGUAAGGAAUUCAUUAAUAAUAGUAUAGAAUUGAUACUGCAAGGCAAACUAUAG